AACUUGUUUUGAAGCCUUUCUUCGUCCUUCGAGGCGCACGCAGACUGUGUUGCAGUAGGUUUACUUACAUCAAUUCGUCAAUUCGUAACGUAAACCUGAACGUUUCGUGAGAGCAUUGCGACGGACAGCGUCAUGCCUAUUAGGAAAAGAUGCAGAUUUUUGUUGCAAAAUAUCGUCCAGAAGGUAGCACGCGAAAAUAAGAGGCUCAUUUCAAUUUCACCUACAAAUAUUCACGAUAAUCAGUUAAGACUGAUAGCGCAAAGUGGCAGAUUGUCGCCACAGAGGGACAGCCAGAAAGAAAAUUAUUUGUCUUCCUCACAUUUUAUUAACAACGGUGUUUUACGCAGGAAUUUUUGUACUGGUUCUUCUUCAAGAAUGAGAUUUGUACAGUUCUCUGGAACGAAUGGUGGUCCACAAAGGCUUGGCGUCCAGUUGACUCAAGACGGUGAUAUAAUAGACAUAAGUGGUGUUGAUUCGUCCAUUCCCAAUGGCUUGGUUCAGUUUUUACGGGCUGGACCCAAAAUGCUGGAGAAGUCGAAGAGGGUAGUUGCAGAAGCAAAGUCUCUGAUUCCUCUGUCUGAUGUUCGCCUGCUGCCACCCGUGUCAUCUCCAGACAAAAUCGCUUGUGUUGGACUGAACUAUCAAGGUCACUGUGAGGAACAGAAACGACCUUUCCCAAAGGAACCAGUCUUCUUCUCAAAGUGGAGCAGCUGUAUUGUUGGACCCAAUGCUGAAAUCAAAUACCCAUCAAUCACAAAUGAGCUUGACUGGGAAGUUGAAUUGGCAGUUGUUAUUGGAAAACGUGCACGUGACGUUCGUCCGACAGAUGCAAUGGAUCACGUAUUUGGGUUCACUGUAGCACAGGAUAUAACAGCCCGGGACUGGCAGAAAGGUCGAAAUGGAGGACAGUGGCUCCUUGGGAAGAGCAUGGAUGGUUCCUGCCCUCUUGGUCCAUCCUUAGUGCUGAAGGAGGUUGUGGCUGACCCCAAUGCUUUGCCUAUACGCUGUAAAGUGAAUGGGGUAGUGAAACAGGAAAGCAAUACCAAUGAACUGAUCCACAAGAUUGACUACAUUGUCUCUUACUUAUCACAUUGCAGCACACUACUGCCAGGAGAUGUGAUAUUAACUGGAACACCAGCAGGUGUGGGAGUGUUCCGAAAUCCCCAGGAAUUCCUCAAGCCAGGAGAUGUUAUUGAGAGUGAAAUAGAAGGCAUUGGUAAACUCAAGACCACCAUCAUAUGAGAAGUUCAUAUUUAAUAAUCAACAAAAUUAUCAGUGCUUGGAUUCUGAAUGUCAGGAUGAUAACAAAGAAUGUUAGUAGCUGCAGCUUGUCUGCCAUGAUAAUCAUAAUAGUAUUUAUUAUAUCUUGCCAUAUGUUGAUACAUGUAUUAUUACAACUCAGCCAUUUUUUAAAUUUUAUCCAGGGAUUUAUUUUUACUUAAGAUAAUGAAAAUUCCACAGUUAGAUGGAUUCACAUGGCUUGGCUUUUGUUGUAGAGUGGGCAAUUUUUAAGGUGGAAAAGCAUGUUACAUACAGUAGUAAAUUGCAGGUAAUGUCUACAGAAGAUUGGAAGUUGAGAGACUUUAAUUUUUAAAACUCUAGAAUGGAAGCUUGUGGAUGUACUUCAAAUAUUUUAAACUUGCUGCAAAAAGUGUGAUGGGCAGCUGUGAGAUUUUAUGUGUAGUCUGUGUUGGAAGACGGAAGCACAAUACAAAUAUUUUCUGUUUUAAAAUAUGUUAGAGACACAUGACAUUUUGAGGGCUUUAUAUUGGUGUUGAUACUGACAAUUAGUUACGCCAAUACUUGCUCAAACAGCCUUUUACAAAUAGACCUAGAUCAGUUUAUAUUACACUGUACUUGUAUGUCGUUAUUUUGUGCAGAACAGUGGCUUGGUUGCAGAUACAUUAUAUUACUAGUCUUGCUUUUUAAGUAGCAGAACAUCAUUCAUAUGCAUUUUUAAUAAUUUAUAUUGGAAUAAAUCAUAUUAGCACAUAACAGGAAUUGCCUUAUAUAUUAUAUAAACUAGUAUUUGAAACUAAUAAUACUUAUUUUUAACUGAAAGAAAUGGUGUAUGGUAUGGAUUUAUAUUUCCAAGUAUAUGACAGAAGGUACUUGACUAUUCUCAUUAAUAAAAUUUGAAGUAUAUUUGUUAGUCAGUAGAUGCUUAUCUUCUUAGAUUACGAUUUUCUGCAGUCACGUUGAAUACUGCCAGUUGUCUAAAAAUAUGUUUGACGUACAUGACAAAUUGGGAGAUGGCUGUUCUCCUCUCUUCAGGCAACUGGGUAUCAUUAUAUUUGAACAAUUUUUUAUUACUUUUAUUUUUGAGAUUAGUCGCAAUAAUGAAAGUUGGUGCAAUCUUUUGUAAGGUAAUCCUGAUUUGAAGCUUAUGGCUUUUGGGGCUCUCAGGUAUAAUUUUGCAUUUUAUAAACUAUCUAGCCAUA